CACAGCGCCGCCUGGGGACCGGAGGCCGUCGACCCACGGCCCCUCCUGGAUCGCAUCUACAUCCUCAAAUUAGAGCACAAAUACUGCUCUGCUAAGUGGAGUGGGGAUUAAAAGGAAUGAGUGACCAAGGACUAAGUUAGCUUGGGGGCAUGGAAGAACGGUGAUGGUGAUGCUAUUUACCCAAAGUUGAAGAAGAAAUAAAAGAUUCCCAGGAUGAAGAUUUUCCAGAAGAGACUUUGAGUUAAAGAAGGCUUUUAUACUUGACAAGUGUUGUCAUCUGUAAUGAAGAUCAUUGAAAAACAGAAGAUUAACUAAAGUCUUGUAACAUUGGACCUGGAUAGGAGAUUUAGAAAAGAAAAUUAAAAUUAGUCACUUUGGUUUUAGUGUUUCAAUUUCAUAAUAUUUAUUCUUCUGAAUAAGUUUAGGGAGUAGAAAUUAAAAUUCAGGGUUAUAGUAGCAGAUGCACUAAUAUUCUUUUUCUUUCUUUUUUUUUUUUUUUUGUAUGAGAGAAGAAAGUAGAUAACCAAGAACUAUAGUGAUUCAUAAUGAAAUACAGUAAAUUGAAUUUUAUGUUGUCAGUUCUUGGCAUUAUAAUCUAUAUAACUGAUUUAAUUGUGGACAUCUGGGUAUCUGUCAGGUUUUUCUAUGAAGGACAAAAUGUUUUUGGUAUUUUAACAGUAAGCUUUAUGCUCUUUGGAACAUUUGUGGUGCAGUGUUUUAGUUAUUCUUGGUUCAAGGCUGAUUUAAAGAAAGCAGGCCAAGAAAAUCAGCAUUGUUUUCUUCUACUUCAUUGCUUGCAAGGAGGAGUUUUUACAAGGUAUUGGUUUGCCUUGAAAAAGGGUUAUCAUGUGGCUUUCAAAAAUAGCAGCAAAACUGAUAACUUUAUGGAAGAACAAAUUGAUCCACAUAAAGAAGUUAUAGAUAGAAUGACUGAUUUGAGCAUGCUCAGGCUAUUUGAGACCUACCUGGAAGGCUGCCCACAACUUGUUUUGCAGCUCUACACCUUUCUGGAACAUGGUCAAGCAAAUUUCAGUCAGUAUGCAGCCAUUAUGGUCUCUUGCUGUGCUAUUUCUUGGUCAACUGUUGAUUAUCAAGUAGCUUUAAGAAAAUCCUUGCCUGAUAAAAAUCUCCUUAAUGGAUUCUGUCCCAAAUUCACAUACCUCUUUUACAAGUUGUUUACAUUAUUAUCUUGGAUGCUGACUGUUGUACUUCUUUUAUUCUUAAAUGUUAAGAUUGCAUUUUUUCUGUUGUUAUUUCUUUGGUUUUUAGGGAUAUUGUGGGCAUUUAAAAAGCAAACUCAAUUUUGUGCUUCUAUAAGUAUGGAAUUCUUAUACAGAGUUGUUGUUGGAUUCAUUCUUACUUUUACAUUUUUUAAUGUUAAGGGACAGAAUACCAAAUGUCCAAUGUUUUGUUAUUAUAUUGUAAGGGUACUGGCCACAGUGGGGAUAUUGGUUGUGUUCUGGAUUUCCCCAGUCUCUAUUUUUAAUUCAGACUAUUUUAUGUCUAUCAGUAUCACUGUAGCUCUUACUCUUGUCCUUGGAAUUAUUUUUCUUAUUGUUUAUUAUGGGACUUUCCACCCAAACAGAAAUGAAGAAACAAAACCUGAUGAAAUUGAUGGAAAAGCAGCUCAAAGAGAUUGUAGAAUGGAGUAUUUUCUAAUGGAAUAGCUAUUCAUUUGUGAGAUCUGUUUU